AUGAACUACGACGGCCCACCCGUCGACAUGUUCGGCUUCCCUCCUUCUGCGCCGGGCGCAGGUGGCAUGAACCCCAUGACCGACGCUGCAUCGCAAGACAUCAUGUCCGGCCUCUUCGACACCAAUGGCAUGUUCGCCAACUACGACGCCGGCAUGCCCAUGGCCCUCGACGUCGACGGCGACACCGCCAUGCAGCAGUCGCCCCAGCACAUGUUCCCGCCCGGGCCCGGGUCCAACGUGCCCACCGCCCAGAGCUCCACCGAGGGCACCCCCAGGUUCUCGUCCAACCCCGACGACAGCCCGGCCGCCCAGGCCCAGCCCCCGGGCGGCAACACCCUGACCGAGUUCACCAAGCGGAGGAACUGGCCCGCCAAGGUCGUCGAGGAGUUGAAGGACUACCUGCAGAUCCUCGACCAGCAUGGCAGGAUCAAGUACGUCUCGCCGAGCGUCACCUCCGUCUCCGGCUACCAGUCGGACGAGGUCGUCGACAUCUUCAUGAAGGAGCUCAUACACCCCGACGACGUCGGCACCUUUACCGCCGAGAUGAACGAGUCCAUAGCCAGCGGGAACCCUUUCCGCAUGUUCUACCGCCUGAGGAAAAAGGACGGCAACUACACCAUCUUCGAGUCCGUCGGCCACGCCCAUAUCGCAUCGGCCAAGUUUGCGCCGAACCCUGAUAACCAGACUGCCUUCUGCCAGGCCGUCUUCCUCAUGUCGAGGCCGUAUCCGACCAAGAACGCACAGCUGCUGGAUUCUUUCCUGGAGCACAAGAUUGAGAACGAGAGGUUACGGCGGAGAAUCGCCGAGCUGCGCCGCGAGGAGGAAGAGGAGGAGGCAUCGCAGCGGAGCUGGCUCGAGAGCCAAGACGUCUCGACGACGAAUAUGACACCCUCGGAGGACAACCAGUCACAGACCGCCCAGUCCGCCCAGACCGCGGCAGCAAUCCAGAGCCAACAGGCCAUGGACGCCGCCAACAUGCCGCCGCCCGACAGUACGAGAUCGCUCGGCUCCCUGCUGACUCGAGAUAAUCUGGAAGGUGCCACGGCAGGGAACCGUCCAGACUCGAUUAGAGACAAGAUGGCCAGAUAUGAGGCUGCUUCCCAUACGGACACCAUUGAGAUGCUUACGGGUCUUCGCUACGUCGAAGGAGAGCGGAGUCGCGGCAUCACGACCGGGAACCAAAGCCCGACUCUGAUCAAGGGCGAUGCCGGGAUCGCGAUCCCCGUGGACCGGGAUCCAAGGACGGGGGAGAAGAAGAAGAAGCUCAAGGUGGCGGAGGAAUACGUCUGCACCGACUGUGGCACCUUGGAUUCUCCCGAGUGGCGGAAAGGCCCCAGCGGUCCAAAGACGCUAUGCAAUGCGUGCGGUCUUCGGUGGGCCAAGAAGGAGAAGAAGAAAAACACGGGCGGCACAAACACCACACAAGAUACUCCCGUGCCACUAACAGAUCCGUAA